UCAAUUAAAAACUAUCGUGGCAGCAUGAGACCUGCCGGUACCUACUGACUACUGAGUACACUAACCCCCUCAGUACCGCGCCUUCAUUCCAGCCAGUCCAGUGUGCCUUUCUCUUUGUCGUAUUUGUGGAGAAGAAAGAGAGCUGAGCUGGGUCACGAUAUGCCACCCACCUUGCUCCACCCCCUGGAGGGCAGAGUAUAAAAACGAGCUUACCGGCCCUCUGGUGCCCCGAUUCCCCCGGGGGGAACACAGUGAAUAGCGCUGAGCUCUGCAGCGCAUUGAGAUAGAUGAUCGAGUAUUGAGCCCAUCCUCUCCCUCAAACCAUCAUCGCAGCUUCCUCCCUGACUCACCUCGUAUCGAGACCAAUCAACAAAAAAAGAAAGACAUCAUGACACCAUCAGUAGCAGCAGCAGCAGCAUCGAACCUAGCCCCAGCCCUCCUCAGCCACCACCUCCACCCGCACCACCACCUAAUCUUCACCCUCGACACCACCACAACAACAACGUGCCUGCUCCUCCUCCUGCCCACCCUAUACCUCCUCCACACGAUCCGCAAAGACUACCAUGCCUUCCUCGCCCUCGGACCGGGAGGCACCCCCUCAACGCCAGCAGGCUACCUCCGCAUCUGCAUCCUGCGCCUCUUCAUCCUGCGCAACCCGUUGCUAGCGCCCACAAUACCACCCUGCGUACAACCGCAACAAGGCCUCCUCAGCCCCUCGCACCUGCCGCCGCGCUCCGGCCCGCGCCCCGUCGUCACAGGAAUCGCACCGCAACGCCAAACGACCCAGAAAAGCGACGCGGCGAUCUACGAAACCCUGUCCUCCGAGAUCCACCGCCUGGUCGCCCAGCACCCGGACACGCUAUACACGGGCACCUCGUGCUUUGAGAAGUACAGCACGGGGAUGUUCUGCGCGGGGAAUGGCAACGGGGGCGCCAACGCUGCCUGUGGUGGUAACGACAGCACCACCACCCUCACAAAUCCAACCAACAUUUCCAACACCAACACCACCGCACCAACCCUCAAAGUAGCCAACACCAACGGCGGCAGCAACAACAACAGCCACCAACAAGAACAACGCCGCCACCGCCUCACCUGCAACGGGGAGGUGUGUCACGCCCACCCGAGCGACGGCAGCCUGCACCUGACGCUGCACCCGGCGGACGUGAAGCUGGUGCUGGAGCGCGGCUGGGGCCAGCGGCACCCACUGGCCCGCGACAGCUGGUGGUGGUGGCUGCGCAUCGUGCCGCCCGGGUUCGUGAUGGUGUAUGCGCCCCGCGACGCGGAGGAGCUGGAGUGCGUGCUCGAGAUCAUCCGGGCGGCGGCGUGGUGGGUGAGUGGGACGGAGUUGCGGCGGUGAAAAAGCUUUGCUUUUCAGGAAGUAGCUUAGAAGAUGCCGCGGGGUGGUGAGACGUGGUGAUGCCCCAGGGGGAAGGCUUGCGGGGUGAGGUUAGUAUAUGGUCGGGUGGGUGUAGUGCUUACGAAUGGUGGCGGUGGUAGUGGUGGUAGUUGAGCAACUGAAAGGAUUUUCGGGGUUUAGUGCUUAAUAUUAUCGUCCCCGCCGCCGUCAUCACCGGGAUGUG